GGAGCCGGCGGCGGCCACGUGACCCUCCGCGGCGCGGCCGGCGGCCCAGAAAUAGCAGCGGCUGCGGAUCCGCCCGCGGGCUGAGCGAGGGGAAGGCGGGGACCGGAGGACGCCAGCUGGCGGGGCGCGGCGCAGCGCGGCUCCGGAGGAUGCUGAGCCCCUGUCCGGCCCGGCCCCGAGCUCAUGAUGGCCAUCCGAGAGCUCAAAGUCUGUCUCCUCGGGGACACCGGUGUCGGGAAAUCGAGCAUCGUGUGUCGCUUUGUCCAGGAUCACUUUGACCACAACAUCAGCCCAACCAUUGGGGCAUCUUUUAUGACCAAAACAGUGCCUUGUGGAAAUGAACUUCAUAAGUUCCUCAUCUGGGACACUGCUGGUCAGGAACGGUUUCAUUCACUGGCUCCCAUGUACUAUCGUGGAUCCGCAGCUGCUGUCAUAGUGUAUGAUAUUACCAAACAGGAUUCAUUUCAUACCUUGAAGAAAUGGGUGAAAGAACUGAAAGAACAUGGUCCAGAAAACAUUGUGAUGGCUAUCGCUGGAAACAAGUGCGACCUCUCAGAUAUUAGGGAGGUGCCCUUGAAGGAUGCUAAGGAGUACGCAGAGGCCAUUGGUGCUGUUGUGGUUGAGACCAGUGCAAAGAAUGCAAUUAAUAUCGAAGAGCUCUUUCAAGGAAUCAGUCGCCAGAUCCCACCGUUGGACCCCCAUGAAAACGGAAACAACGGAACAAUCAAACUGAAGCCAACCUCGCAGGCCGGCCGGCGGUGCUGCUGACCUGGGACUGGGGUCCCCUGUGCUUGAAGAGGCCGGAGCUCCCCUCCCCGUGCGCUGCUGCGGGGGCCUCCCACCCUCGGUGGCCUGGCCCCUGGCUCAGAGGGAGGUGAGACCCGCAGGGAACGGGGCAGGGAACAUCCCUGGAAAAGGAUUCUACAAAACUCUGGGAAAAACCACCACACUGCCAGAAAAGGGCCUUUGGUGCGUGAAAUUCACUCAGAGGGAAUGGAUUUUAGGUAUUAAUUAUAGUUGAGUUUUUUUGUUAAAAGCCUCAAAAUAUUCUUAAAUUUGUACAAAAGUCUUACUGGCUUCUGUGUGUGAGAUUCUAAACUGGUGUUCCACUCUGAUUUCCUAUGUUUCUAACCAAAUUUCAGGAACUUCUUCAGUACCAUUGCCUUAAUUACUCAACCAACCUCCACUGAAAGGUUCAUGGAAUUUCCCUUUCAGUGGAGUGUAAUUGGACCAUCUGCUGUAGACUUGCGCUGUUAUGAAAGUGGAGAAAGAUGUAUUAGGAACUAUUAUCUACAUCUGUGGCUUUUACUUGAUGACCAUUUUUCUAAGUUUUGGUCAUAUAAACCAACAACCAAAUCUGACUACAAUAUAUCAUGUCAUUCUGGGAUUUGGAGGCCUGGUUUGGAAGUCACUGGAGUCACUACUGUGUAAACUGUGACAAACGCAGGGUAUAAAUACUAUUCCAGAGACCACCUGGUUUGCAUCACCUCCACAGUAAUAAAUUCCCACUCUCUUAGGGAAGUUUCACACAGAGUAUUAUUUUACUAAGAGAGUUUGUCAUAGUGUCAUAUCCGUGGAACAAAUUACCUGGAGGAUGUUUGAAUCUAAAUUGUAGGGCAAACUUCUAAUAAUAUCAAUGAAUAAUAGGUUAUAGGAAAGCCAGCCAGAGGAAGUACCAGCACAUUAAGAUUCUAGACCCCCCAAAACUGCAAAACCAGAGAAAGUCUUUAAGAAGAUGCCAAGCUUUGGGGGUGUGGGUAUUAAGGCUAACCAGAGGGCCAACCCUGGAAUGCCAGUUGGCUGAGAACAAACUUCGGUGAACCCUCCCUUUUCAGAUUUCCUGUCUGCUCAAUUAAUUAAAGAUGUCUGAAUCCAAUGAAAGGAAAAGGAAAGAAGGCAUGGAAAGGGGGCAAAGCUAUCCCCAUUGAAAAUUCAAACCCUGUUUCCAUUCUAACUUUCAUAAAAACCUGGGAUCAAGAAGCAGUUGGUUUCCUAUGAGGGCUCAUGUUGGGAGGUGAUUCUUGGAGGAUAUUCAGAUUGGUGCCUUUUUGGGGGGUGAGAUGUGGUUGAUCACGCAGUAUGGCAUCAGGGCCAGCUGGUACCUUCAAGGCUCAGCAAACAUUAAUUGAAAACCUACAAUGUAAAAAUCAGGGAAGAGAUCAUAAGCUGAGUAAAAACCUCGAACUUUCAGUAACCGUUCUUGAGUCCUGCCAUGCUCUGCCCCUGAGCCCUGGAUGGGCGGGGACGCUGAGUCUGCCAUCCAAAAAAGCGAGAGUCCUUGAGAGACCAGGGCCGAGUUCACACUUCUUCAUGUGGACUGCAAUCAAGAAAACAGGUCGAAAUCUCAGAUUUAGGUUUUUUAAACUCGAGAAUGUGUUGUCAGUUUGAUGUUCUUACCGCUUCAUCCAGCUUGCAAGAGUAACUUGACAAUCUUAGGACGUGAAUGCUGGAAACACUUAUUUUUGGUUCAAGAGUGCCUCUUAGCUCUCCCAGACGGGUUCCUCAAAAACUGUUAGCAAUUGGCACGUGGACACCUUGGCAGGGCCUUUGCAGGGAUUUUUAGGGUUUUUUUCACCUUGUCACUAUUAUGGGCUACCGUGAUUCUGCUUGCAGGCCAAGCGAUUAUCUUGCCUCUUUCCAAAGUUAAAAAAAAUGUGGGUUGCAAAUUCAAAUGACCUAAUUCCAGGUGUAAUGUACGCUUAUUUUGGAAUCUUUCAUCAUCCAGCUGUCCCUGAGGACCUGGGCUUGUCUCUAGACAAGGUUGCCUAGCUAAGGAGGUACGCAGCCCAGCAAGUCUUCAGUGCUCGCAUCUUGCAUAAAACAGCCGGUCUUAACCAGCAAGCUACCCACCCAUGAGCCCAUGACUUGAUUUCAGAAGCCCACGAGGGUGGGAACCACUCUUUUGCCUUCCUGUAUGGCCUUAACUAUUCAAGCUGUCAGGCGACAAUGUGUCUAUAGUCAGUCCUUGGAGCAAUUGGUAGAAAGAGUAGAUGGCACUUGGGCACACACACGUUCACAGGAACACGGCGUCUUCCCUGAAGAUAGGUGCUCGAGCCUUGUCCACAAGGAGGCUUUGGGAUCUUCCUUUAUUUUGCCUUGAGAUUACUUUCUGGCUCUUCUAAUCUUUGAACUAUAACCACGUAAUAUCAUGUAAAGGCCUGGAAAUUACUGUUGCUCCAAAAUGUCAAGCAGCAUCCUUUGCCCAAUUUCCCCAAAUGUGCUCUUUUCCUCUGUUUUCCUUCCUCUCCUGUGCGGUACACGUGUGUAUAUGUGUAAAUAUGAUUUCAUAUUUGUUAUGCCGACAUGUGAUCCAUUUCACUGGCUGAGUCUGGCUCGUGACUCUGUGUCAUGUAAUGCAGGCAUGGGCUCUCAGAGGGAUUAUUUCCCGGUGGGAAUCUCUAAAAUGGCAGUGGGGUCAUGCAAACAUUUUACGUACGCACAUAAUUGACCUGCCAUUUUCAUAGUGGAAAGUGGUAGGUACAUCAGGGCGCUAAAGAUGACUUUCCUUGCAAACCAUAGAUGGCUGAAGACCUAAAGCCAGCCUUUAGCCAAGCAAAGGGCUGGGACCCACCGAGGACCGAGGGAGGCUUGGGCGACCAAAUUAUGCCCCCUGAGAUCAAGGAACGUGGCUUGUGAUGGCUGAAACUGGCUCCCCUCAGGGGCCCUGCUUCUCCCUGCUCUGCCACGCUCAUUGCAACUUGAAGAAAGAGUGGGCUCAUAAAUAAAAGGACUCCAAGCCUCAUUCAGACCUAUUAGGUUCUGGUUUAACCAUCAUUGCUGAAACCAGACCCAGUGAUCCAUUGUCACCGCUCAGUUGUGUAAACUGCUCCCUUUCUCGUGUUUUUGUAAAGAGCUUCUGUCUGGGCUGGACCCAGUUCUCAUGUAUAGAAGACGCCGCUGCAGACAUUAGGACCUUUCCACCUUAUAUUCUGUAAUAAAGCAUUGCCCUCCACAUCGCCCAAUUGUAUCUGUUAUUUUUGGUUUAACACACACUGAUUCAUACUAAUAAAUAUUUUAAGUUUUA